AUGAUAAAAUUUGCAAAAAAAUUACUCAAGACAAGCAACUUAAUUAGAAUAAGUGCAAGAUAAAUUAAUACUUCAAAUAGUAGCAACACUACUCAAUCACAAUUCUCUGAAAAAGAAGGGGAUCUUGGCUUUUAGCCACCUUUAGAAGACUUUGAGUUUGACGGAAAUGCAUUUGCAGUCAAUGCUAUUAAUUUUGCUAAAUAAAAAGUGAAGCCUAAGGAAGUAUUAUAGAAGGAAAAUGAAUAUCAGCUUAAAUUGAUUCGAGAGAGAAUAAAGUUUCAAGGUGAUCCCUUUGAGCUAGUAGAGAAGGAUGUGAAUGCAGUCAAAGACUUUGCCAUCAAUAAUGUGAUUAAGACAGAGUACAAGUAGUUAGAACUACCUGCAAUCUACAACAUGUCUCUAAAGGGAAAGAAUUUCAGAUCUGCAAUUAUGUGUAUGCUGGCCAGAGCUAUAUUCAACAAUAAUCCCUAGUACUAAAAUGUCAGCUCAUAAUUCGAACAGACUAAAUACUACACCUAAGUUAAAACCCUAUCAGCUUGCAUUGAGCUUGCUCAUAAUGCCAGUCUGCUACAAGGAGAGUUGAUCUAAGCUAAAAGGGAUAUGAUGAAGAAGGGCUAGGUAAAUACAGAUAAAUUUGAUGUCGACGACUACUUUGGGUCAUAUGUGUCUAAGACCUACUACAAAACUGCCUCUAUGAUCUCACUAGGUUGCAGAGGAUUGGGCAUUAUAUUUGAUCUGGAUACAGAAGCUCAGAGGAAAUUGUUUAACUUCGGUGCUAAUUUAGGUAUUGCCUUCUAAGUUCAUGAUGAUAUCCUUGAUUUCACUUAAAACUCUGAAUAGCUAGGCAAGCCUGCUUACAAUGACAUAAAAGAGGUAAAAUUCUUUCAAUAAAUAUUUUAUCAGGGUAUAAUAACUGCACCAUUGGUAUACACCUUUGUCGAAAUGCAAUAAUAAUAAUCUCCCAAUGUCUAUGAUUUUGAGCAAAGGCUUAAAAGAAAAUUCUAAGAGCCAGGCGAUGUUCAAUUUGCUAUCGAUCACUUGUUCAAAUCCUCAGGUAUUGAAAUGGCAGAUAAGCUUAGUAUCGACUACAUCAAUGAAAGCCUACUUAACCUAGAUUCGCUUCUAGUUGAAGACACUAGCCAAGGGCAAAAGCACUCAAUCAUUAGCAUUGAUAAGGAUGUGUAUGCUUAAGCACUUUUAGGUGUUGCAUUGAAAGUUAAAACUAGAAAAUACUGA